AUGACUGCUACAUGCCAUGCCUGCGCUACCGAUAUCGCCGACGAAUCCAUCUUUUGUAACGGCUUCUGCAAGGCGGAAUUUCACCUAAAAUGUGUGAAUCUCACCUCAGCGUUCUAUAAUGAGAUGAAAAAGAACACGCAACUUUUCUGGAUGUGCAAAUCCUAUAGCAAAUUGAUGGAUGACAUCCGCUUCUGCAAUACAAUUCGUGACGCUCAUGAGGCCGGAUAUCAAAAUGCUCUAAGCGCUCAUAAUGAGAUCGCCCAGAGGAUCAAAUCGGAAAUUCUGAACGAGCUGAAAAGCGAACUACGCAUGAAUUUUACCGCCCUGAUCAACUCCAAUUCACUUACACCGAAAUCGUCAACACGCCCUGCGUACACUGCUGGAUCGAUACGUAGUCGACGUCUAUUUCCAGAACAAAAAGCCACCGAACGCCAGCAAAAUGAUCUGAUGCAUGGAACUGCAUCCUCAUUAUCUCCAUCGUUUGAUAACUUCGCUGCACCUGCUCCCAAGCAGAAGUUUUGGCUUUACCUAUCCCGCAUUUCUUGCAAUGUCACCGUGGAACAAGUUCAUGAGUUGGCCAUACAAAGAUUAGAAACAAACGACAUCGAAGUGCUCAGACUCGUCGCCAAGGGAAAAGAUGUUAGCGGUAUAUCAUUCAUCUCGUUUAAGCUUGGAAUCAGUUCCGACCUAAAAGCUAAGGCUCUCUCGACUGCAACAUGGUCUAAGGGUAUAUUGUUCAGAGAGUUCAAGGAUAACAGACCCGUUGCAAAUUUUUGGCAACGCCCACGAACACCGAAUGCAGAUUCAUCCUUAUACUCAGUGACACCAGAUCGCCAAGAGGGUGCCAUGGUAGUAUAA